CUUAGCCUUAUCACAAAUCACAAUAUCAGUAUUAUCUAAAGAUCUCCUCCAUUUUCUGCAAAAGUCAUUUUACCUUCAGUUUUAUAGAGCAACAAGAUGAUCAGCACCAAGAAGCUACUGAAAUUGGCAAGGAAGUGGCAGAAGCUUGCAGCAUUGAAGCGGAAAAGAAUAACAUCGCCACGGACCAAUAAUUUGGAUAACAGAAGCUGUAGCACAUCAUCAAUGGCUGAGAAGGGUCAUUUUGUAGUCUACUCUACAGAUCAAAAAAGGUUUGAGAUUCCUUUGGAAUAUCUUAACAACAAAAUGAUCAGAGAGUUGUUCAACAUGGCAGAGGAAGAAUUUGGCAUGCAAAGCAAUGGCCCUCCCACAUUACCAUGCGACACAGAGCUCAUGCUAUACGCAAUUGAUUUAAUCAAACAACAAGUUACUAGAGAUGUAGAAAAUGCUUUCUUGAUGUCCAUAUCUAGCAGUUGUUUUUCAGUGUCUUCCUGUCUCCAAGAUCAAAUAACAAGCCACCAAUUACCAAUAUGCAGUUUUUGAAGAGUUAUGAAUUAGAUUGUAAACAAAGUAUAAAAGUGUACAUGGAUACGAUUUAUCUUAAGUUUCAACUUUUUCUCAUAAUUAAUGUGUCCAUUA